AUGGGUCGCCUUGAAAUCUUUCCUCCUCCCAAAGUAAUCAAUGAAAUAGGAGUAGACCUCGUCGCUAGGCUGAAAUCCGGCCCUGGUUUUGACCCAUUUAAGGAAAUCAAGGGCCGCACGGCCCGCAUCAGGGGAAAUGUUAAGUGUGGCGAGGAGCAGCGUAGGGCUGAUAGUGAUAUGAGAGAAGGAAAGGUCGAGCCUUUUGGGCAAAGGGAGAGGCUCCCAAUCUUGGUCCUUUUGGAGCUCACUAGAGAACAAUUCAGCUAUGGAUUUCUCUUCCUCUCCAAUCUGUGGUGGCUUUUCAUUAUCGGAGCUGGAGCCGCCGUCAUCAGCGUUCGAAGAGAAAUGCCUGAUAGAAAAAUACAAAGAGUGCGUCCCGGUGAAGGAACGAGGGGAAACGAAAUCCAAGCGCGGUGGUCGAUGAGUGGAGAUAGAAUUGGGCAGCGUGGAGAAACAUCGAGUGAGGAGGAGCUUACGGAGCUAGGAGGGUUUUGGGGGAUUUGGAAGAAGACGACCAUCACAGUACCAAGGUGUGACGGGCUGCAGGGGACUCCUAAAUGUGGUGGAUAUAAGAUUAUGGAGAUUUUGGAUGAUAUUCGACUGGUGUCGCUCGACGCAGUUAUUAUCCUCGCUCAAUUUCCGGUGAAAAAAACGGUGGCAGACGGAGCUCCGACCGCCGUGGUUGCUGCAGAAACAAAGAAGGGAUUUCUAUUGGUUACAGAUAGGAAGGAUGGAUACAAUUUUCUGUAUCCCUUUGGAUGGCAGGAGGUAAUUGUUCAAGGGCAGGACAAAGUCUUCAAAGAUGUGAUUGAGCCUCUGGAAAGUGUCAGCGUAAAUAUGAUCCCUACUGCCAAGCAGGAUAUACGUGAAUUUGGACCUCCAAAGGAGGUUGCUGAAACUUUAAUAAAAAAUGUCUUGGCUUCUCCUUCCCAAAAGACAAAACUGAUCGAGGCAUCAGAGCUUCUUCACUUUCUCGUUUCUUUCACGAUCAUGGAAGUGUUCAACUUACUUUAUGCUGGUGACCGUCAACAUCUUCCUCAUGAAGUGGAGGGCAAAGCUUAUUACACGUUCGAGUUCACCGCACAAGCUCCAAACUACACACGUCAUGCUCUUAGCACAAUCUCUAUUGGCAAUGGAAAGUUCUACACGCUGACAACAGGGGCGAACGAGAGGAGAUGGGAGAAAAUGAAAGACAGGCUGAAAACCGUGGUAGACUCCUUCCAGAUUUUCAAUGUCUAAUGUCGAAAUCUGUAUGUUGCUCUUUUGUUCACAUGGUAAACUAUCUAACACUAGAGGCUAUUCUAUCAGUGUGUAGAUAUGAGCAUUUCUUUUUUUCUACCAAAAAUUCAAGCCUCUGCUGUUGUGAUUUGUAACAUUAUUAUGUGUUUACUAUUGCACAAAGAUGUAUAUGUCUUGUGAGUUCAGUAUAAAUUGCAAGAUCUGUACAUUCUUUAUGAUUUGAAUAUGUGGGUACUUUUUAGUGUCUUUUUGUCCAAUGACACUUGAAAUAAAACUCGCUGGAUAAUAUUUGAUAGUGGUAAAGUAUUUAAA